GAGAAGCUGAUUUCGAUCCUUUAGGUGACAACUGAAUGCCAGACUAGGGCUGCUGGCAAUGAUGAAGAUGUUUGGGGAGAGUCGCUGGACUAAAGUCUUGACCUGCUGCUGUUUAUUUCCUUCACUGGCAAGUCUCCUUCGCGUGAGGAAGCCGACGGAAAGAUCUGUUUUGUGACAGUCUCUGCUCCCCCUCCUUUCAUCCGUUCUCAACAUAGUUUAGGUAGGGGAGGACCAGAGGCAGGUUCAGACCAGGCGCACAGGCCUGGGCAGGUCCACGCUGCUCCUGAUACAAUCGACGAGGAAGAUCUGGGACACCCUUCGAGGCGUAGGAUCGAAAGCCAGGCAAACAAGGGGCCGGGACAGGAAAGGAAACUAAGAAAAUGUGAGCCAGCAGAAAGAAGAAGUUGCACCGAGGAAGCCACUUUAGGGCACAAGAAUGGAUUCCCUGGGUGGCAAGGAGGAGAGAUACGUCUUGGUGGAAUACCCCUUUGAGUACACCGCUAAGGACGGGCAGCUUAUUUCAAUAAAGCCCAACGAGAGAUACAUGCUUCUGAGGCGAACCAAUGACCACUGGUGGCACGUGAGGAAGAACAGAGAAGCCCGGCCUUUCUACAUCCCAGCAAAAUACGUCAAGGAGCUGGGCCCUGUCACCCACACCAUGCCAUCCUCCGAGGAGCUGCCUCCCACAACAACCAUGCUGGAAAAUGUCAACUUAGAGGCCUCUAUCGGGGUCAGCCAAGAGCCGCCGGCGGAGUAUGAAUAUCGGUUUGUCAAUGCCGUUCCAGUGUGUGAGGUAGAUGCAGAGAAAGCUGCCUUUUCUUCCCCGCGGUGCUCAAUCUCCUCAGGGGUCAUGGCGACGGUCCCUUUUGACGUUGGUGGGAACGCUCCGUCCCCCAUUUCCGGAGCAAGCAGAGCCACUAUUUCUGCCCUCAGUGCAUCUCACGGUUCCCUGAAGCCUCGCUACGCAACAGGUUGUUCCGAUUAUUCCCCAGUGGGCUACAUCCAUUCCCCCGAACACAUAAGGUCUACGGUUUCCCUGGAUGACUUGGCAAAAUUCACGAAGCCCCCCGGCCAGGCGGGUGUUGGGAACUUGCACAAAGCUGCCUCGUGGAGUCCUGCACGCCCGCUCCCAAAGAGCAACUCCGAAACCUUCCACAAAGCAGCGGAGGAGAUGGUGGAGCAGGAUCUGCCAGAGCCCCGUGCCAGACAGCCUCAGCCAAGCAAGGAGGUGGCUGAAGAUCCUGUGUAUGUGAAUCUCCAGGAGCUCCGGUUGGAACGGAGUCCCUCCACUGCGACCAAAACUGAAUCCAUACCCCAGCCCCACCUCAGCAGCCCCCCGGCAAGCUGGGAGACCCACACGGACGCGGAAAGUGGCCGCUUGUUCUAUUACAACUCGGCAACCGGCCAAACAACGUGGGAGCCUCCCUUUGAUGGUCCUGCCGGCGGUGGGAGUCCCCCUCCUUCUUGCUCUCCCUUGCUUGCCCUCAGCCCUGCCACACCUGCCGAGUGGGACCAGUAUGUAGACGAGGCCAGCGGGCAGGUGUUCUUCUACAAUACAUCGACGGGCGAGACGUCGUGGGAUGCACCCCGAAUGGACGAAACCCUCAAUUAUCCGGAGAUGCAGCCUGCGUUUGUGCCCUACAGCCCUGUGGAUCGGAGGCCGCCAACUCCAGAAACUGACUACCCCAACCUUUCUCCCGAUGAACUGGAGCCCUACCCUGAAGAAGAUUAUUCUCCGGUUGGCUCCUACCAGCCGCUGGACGGACUCUGCGUUCCCUCUGCGUACCAAGGCUGGCCGUCCUAUGGCAACCAGGAAGGACUGGUGUUUGAUGGUGACCAGUAUGCCUCCAACCUGGUCGCUGCAUCCGGCCACCAUCACCACAGUACCAGCAGUGGGUCCAGCCUGGACAGCAGCCCUUUUGGAAACUGGUCACCCUUCUCUGGGCCAAAGGAGGGGCAGUUAAAAACGCUUGAAAAGGCUGGGAUGCUCUUUCGAACAAAGACUGCUGAUAAAGGGAAACGUCAGAGGAAGAAUUGGAGUUCUUCAUGGACAGUCCUGGAAGGCGGUGUCUUGACUUUUUUCAAGGACUCAAAACACUCCACGUCUAGCAGUGUGAAACAUCCCUCCGUGUUGAGUAGCCCUGAGCACACUGUGGAUCUUAGUGGAGCAACACUUUCUUGGGCUGCAAAAGACAAGUCGAGCAAAAAGAACGUCUUGGAGCUGAAGACACGGGAGGGAUCCGAGUACCUGAUCCGGCAUGAUUCAGAAUGCAUCAUCAGCACGUGGCAGAAGGCAAUUGCUGACAGCAUCAGCAAACUGCCUACAGAUUUCCCUCCGGAAGACAAUGAGGAGAAUUCAUCAGAUUUGAGAUCCAAGGAACAGCUAGGAAGCAACAGAGAGAAAGAGGGCGAGAAGAAAAGCCCAGCCACCUGGCAUUCAUCCACCUCUCUCAACUCGGACAGCGAUUCCAGCAAAGUUCGCAACAAACUCCUGAGGUUUCUGCAGAGGCGACCAACCCUUCAGUCCCUGCGGGAGCGAGGCUACAUCAAAGAUCAGGUGUUUGGAUGCCCUCUGCAAGUUUUGUGCGACCGUGAGAAGAGUACUGUGCCUCAGUUUGUGAGGCAGUGCAUCUGCACUGUGGAGAAGAGAGGUUUGGAUAUCGAUGGACUCUACCGGAUAAGCGGGAAUCUGGCGACGAUACAGAAACUGCGCUACAAGGUGGACCAUGAUGAGCGCUUGGAUCUUGACGAUGGCCGUUGGGACGAUGUCCAUGUCAUCACCGGGGCCCUCAAGCUCUUCUUCCGAGAGUUGCCGGAGCCGCUCUUCCCCUUCAGUCAUUUUGACAGAUUCAUUGCAGCCAUCAAAAUUACAGAGCCCUCGAAGCGCAGCUACCGCUUACGGGAGCUGGUGAAUUCUCUACCUCCUGCUAACCACAAUACCAUGAGGGUACUUUUCCAGCAUCUCUGCAGGGUUAUAGAGUUCCGGGAGGAGAACCGCAUGUCCGUGCAGAGCGUCGCAAUUGUCUUUGGGCCAACGUUACUGAAGCCAGAGGCCGAAGAAGGGAACAUGACUAUGUACAUGGUUUUCCAGAACCAGAUUGUGGAGCAAAUCCUUAGCCAAUACAGCUACAUAUUCCCAGAGAGCUAGGCCUUCCCAGCGGAGCGAGGAGCCUGGUUGAAUGAAGGAGCAGCUGCGACGCAAAGGGGCAGGUCCCAUCGCUGUGGGGACGACGGUGUUGCUGGGCAGUGCCAAGACUAGAGACAGUGAAGACAUGGGAGGGAGGGAGAGAAGUGACUAGCAAUAAAACUGUCAAUGUAGGAUUCAGAAUGUC